GACAACUGAAAUUGUCUGACCAUGGACCCUUUAGGUACCGGUAAUUGGGCCCAGGAUGUGUUACGGUGUCUUCUCUGUGAGACCCCGGGCCCCCCUAUGUACUGUGACAUUUGUCACAUACAUCUGUGUAAAGCUUGUGUGGGGGAACAUCUCUCUGAUAUAUCCAAAGAACACAAAGUGCUGCCAUUUGAAAAGCGGGGAUCUACUCCUAUCUACCCUAAGUGUCCAAAACAUUCCUCAAAACAAUGUGAACUGCUCUGUGAUCAAUGUGACAUUCCUAUCUGUAUUCACUGUAUAUCCUCUGGUGAACAUCAAGGGCAUAACUCAAAUGCUAUUUUGAAAAGUACUGAAGCCAAGAAAGGAGUCAUAAAAAGAAACUUAACAGAAUUGGAGAAAUUAAUUUAUCCUAAACAUCUAGAUAUUGCAUCUAGCAUUCCAGUUCAAAAAGCUAAUUGGAGUAAAAACUCCCAGAAAUUGAAAACAGCUAUCAAUCAAUAUGGAGAAUACUUGCACAGAGAAAUGGACACAAUAAUCCAAAAACUGAAAUCUGAUCUUGAAGAAAUGGACUCCAAACUACUGGACAUCUUAAAUAAACAGGAAGAUGAAAUCACAUGCACCAUUUCUGAAAUCACACAGAGCAUUGCUGACAUGAAAAAAUUACUGGACUCAAAUGAUGUCAGCCUUGUCUCUGCCUAUAAAUCCAGGAAUGCUGAAUUCAGAAGAUUGCCUCCUAAACUUAUAGCUUCCUUUCCAACUUUAACCCCUAAAAAGAUGAACAAAGAACAGAUUUAUCAACAGUUUGGUUCUCUGUCAGCAUUAUCUAUUAAAACAGAAGAAAGUAGCCCUAUAAUAGAUUCUUCAAGUGCUAAGUCCUCUCUCCUUAACAGACCACUCAUUGAUGAACCACAGGUCAUUACAAUUAUAAAGACCGGGCAGUACGGAACCAAUAAUGGACUAUGCAGUUUGUCCUGUCUGAGUGAAGAUGUUAUCUGGAUGAGUGGUGAAGAAAACUUCAUGAGACUUUACAACCUCAUGGGGGAACAAAUGAAGUCAAUCAAAACCAAGUCAGGAAAGAAACCCGGGGACAUAGCAGUGACAAGGGAUGGGGAUAUUGUUUAUACUGAUUGCAGUAAUAGCAGUGUGAACAUAGUGAAUAAUACACAGAUACAGACAGUGAUCAGACUACAGGGGUGGAGACCUCGCGGUGUCUGUAGUACCUCCUCUGGUGACCUCCUGGUUGUCAUGUACAGUGAUGAUGAUAAACAAACAAAAGUUGUGUGUUACUCUGGUUCCACAGAGAAACAAAGUAUUCAGUACGACGACAAAGGACAACCUCUCUAUUCAUCUGGUGGUAGCUCUAAAUGCAUCAGAGAGAACAGGAACCUAGAUAUCUGUGUAUCAGACAAUAAAGAGCAUGCAGUAGUGGUAGUCAAUCAGACCGGGAAACUCCGUUUUAUUUACAAUUAUGGUAAACAUUCAGUUGCCAAGGCACAAUUUGGUCCAUGUGACAUCACUACAGACAGCCAGGGCCGGAUCCUAAUAGCAGACUAUAGCAACGACUGUAUCCACAUCCUGGAUCAGGACGGGAAGUUCCUCCGCUACAUUGACAACUGUCAUUUAUGGAAUCCAUGUUCUUUAUGUUUGGACACCAGAGACAACCUCCUUGUGGCUGAGUGGGGCACGGGUAAAGUGAAAAAAAUACAAUACUGUAUCUAAAGUAAACUUGCAGGGUUUGUUGCAAGUGUUAACUGUCAAAAUGUGAUUGUUUAGAUGUAUAACCCAGUCAUUCUCAUUUAUAUGACUCCAUUUUGAAAUAUCACUAUCGCUCAAGUAAGAUCGUUUUUUCUUGAAGUAACGGUAUAAUAUUAUACAUGUUUUGCAGUAAAUGAUUUUGGAAGUUCAUAUCCAAUUAAUAUACAAUAAAUCGCUGUUAAUUUUGAAAUACAUUAUUAUUAUUCUAACAGCCAAAUUGUAAAUAUGUCACAGUGGUUUCCAUUUGUCACUACAUAGGCUAGUGAUAAUGUUUGUCCAUUUUUCAGCUACUGUAGUCAGGAGAGGAAAAAAUAAAAAUGUAGAUUUUUGAUGUAAUAAAACCCUAACAUUUUAGAGACUACUGUGUACAGUUUUUGCGACUCAUCAAUAUUUUUUAAUCAAGGAUGAUUAAAAUCUGUCGCAAUGUUAGCAUUAACAAGCGUUACCAAAACUUAAACUCCCAUAGGAGUUUAGAAAAAAACGAUAUUGUAUGAAUCAAGUUUCAUCUGAAUAUAUCUAUUUUGUAGGCAUUUAAGUAUAUGAUCCAUUUUUACUGUAUGACAUUUGCAUUGUUCAAAAACUCAGCAUCUCUCCGAUUCUUUCACUGUUAUAUGGUUUAGGAUUAACAAGCAUUACCGCUUUUUCUCUGCAUAAACAAUAAAUAUACUCUAAAUAAUCCCACCCUAUAUAUCCUUUAGAGAGUUGGAUAGUUUUAUUUUUCGGCGACAUUCAAACUAAAUAAAGCAAAGAUGUAAAGAAAAACAAUGAAACAUAAGACUUUUUGUUAACAAGCGUUACCGUUAACAGUAGCGUUACUAUAACUUUUUAUUUUUGGUAUGAAUAUUACUAAUAGGGUAUUCUCAAAUAUCUAGGCAUCCUUGACGAACAGUAAAGUAAAAACCACAAGUAAGAACAAAUUUACCCCAACAGCAUUUCAUUUAUCAGAUGUUUAAAAAGUCAUUGAUCUCACAUGAAUGCAGUUAAUCAAGAUGUGAAAAUGUCUCACUUUCUAAUAAAGGUCAAUAUCUGUAACAUUUAUGUCUUUCUGUGACUGCUAUGUCAAACCUGUAUACCCUGAAUUGUAUUCAACUUUUUGCAAAAAUAUUUUUUUCAUUUAUUCAAUGUAAAAGGAAAUGAUAAACAAGUGUUGAAUAAUACAAUUGUUUAUAUUAAAGGUUUUUCAGGAAGCAUAUUUUGUACAAUUUUCUGCUAAAUACUGUAAAUGUAUAAUAUUUGGCUUUGUAUUAUUAGUCCCCUACCGGUUUUCACCAGAAGAGACUAAAUCUUUCCUCUGCGUCUGUCAGUCCGUCUUUCUGUCCGUCCCUCCGUCCGUCUGUCUGUCCCACUUCAGUUUUUAACACUUUUUUUCUUUAUGUGUUUGAGGAAUAAUAUAAAAUUUGCUGAACAGCUUCAAAAUGUCAAACUACAGAUCAAGUUUACACUUUUGUAGCGUCUGGUUGACAUAUUUUCGAGAAGAUUAAUUUUUUAUAUUCCAAUUUUUUAAUGUUCGGGUUCGAUAUUCUGCAUUACAGUGCAUUGUUUUCACAAUUUCCACAAACCGGUAGGGGACAUGUAUUGCUUAUGCAAUACUCUCAGAAUGCUUGUUUUCAGAGUGUUUUGGUGAAAAGCAACUUCCGCUUAAUCUAAUACAUCACUAAAUGCCAUAUAUAUGUGUAAAAGAAUUGGAGCAUCCAGAAAUAUGCUAAUUUAAAUCCAAUUCAUGUUAACUUCUUAAAAAUUGAAUUUCCGCAAAAUAUCGUACAGGCCAU